GGGAAUGAAGAGGGGCAUCGAAUUCGGCGUCUCGGUGUCUGCUCCGAAGCGGGGUGGAGAUCGUCAUAUAAAGCUGGCAGCUGGAGUGGGAGCUGCAACUGCCCCUCAGCUCUCAACACACCCAUCGAUCUUCUCCCCCCAGCUCAAUAUUCUAAUCAUUCGACGCCAUGACUCUCACCGGAAGCUGUCUCUGCGGCAAUAUCACCUACACCGCUGAAACCGAUGAGUACCUGAAAGCGCUCUGCCACUGCACUGACUGCCAAAAGUGGACCGGCGGCGCCUUCACCUCCAACGCAGUCGUUCCCCGCGAGAGUUUCAAAAUUAACAAAGGAACACCCUCCUCCUAUGACGUUGUCGGGGCCAGCGGCAAGAUCAACAAGCACUUCUUCUGUUCGACUUGCGGAUCCAGCUUGUACACUGAGCUCGAAGUCAUGGCCGAUAAGACUGUGAUCAAGGCGGGUACUUUGGACAACGGCGACACCAACCUGGGUGGGAAGGUGGAUAUCGAGUUCUACGUCAAGGACCGGCCGUCGUAUUUGGCUGCUGUCGAGGGCGCCAAGCAGGAGCCGCGCUUUGGUUAAGGGUCGGUGAAUUCGAGUUGUUGAUGCCAUAACAGGUUUUGAGUCUAUCAGAAUGAAUGCUCAUGACGUAUACUCGAUUGUGGGUUGUAAAAUAACAGCACGAUAGUGCGGCAGAGCUCUGAAAAACACU